CAAGGGCUUCUUGUCUGCAUCCUGUCUCUGCCAGCAGCAGGUGCUGGGACACACCCGGCCUUCCCCAGGCGCUCGGAAGGCAAUGCUUUUCUUCUGUCUCUACCUUCCUAUGGUUGAGAAGGCAUCCUGUGAACAUUAGCCUUCCUUUGCUAGGUUGUUGGCUGGCUUGGAUGUGGCUUUAUCUCUGCGUCAAGGGACCUGUACACAGCCUGGCAACCUGAGCGUGCGCAGCCAUGUUUCUUAAAGUACCCCUUAAACUCGGUUGUCUCCUAACUCUCCUGGGCCGAGGGCUGGUCUGAGACUGUGAGAGCCUGUAAAACAGCUGCCGGAUCACCACUAAGACGAUUUAACCAGUGUUUUCCUUUUCCCAAAGAGAUCCUUGUACACGCCCAGAUUACAGGAAGGAAAAUUGCACAAGCAUUUUGCUUUAAAAAUUAUUCCUAAUUCAUUCUCACCUUGAAGUGUAGCAGAAACUAAAGGUUUUAAAACCUCGGUUCUAAUCUGACUGUGGGUUAAUGGAAUUAGCACCGUACCCAAUCCUGCUGGGUAACCUUUAGGUAGGGGGGUUAAGUAAGGCCUCCGAUGGGCCUCAGUGUCCUCAUCUGUAAUGCAGGUAUUGAAUAAAGUGAGCUUCUAGUGCCCAGAACAUUGCCUGGCACUUAGUAGGUCAUCAGUAAAUAUCUGUUGAAUAGAUGGUCCUUCAACUUUAGUGAUGACUAGGAGUGCCCCUCUCUCCAUAGGGAAGACGCUGGAAACAGGGAGGGGGGGAUGACACAGACCUUAACUUCGCUAUCUCUUACAUGAUCCAUGAGUAUUUUGAGAUUGAAUUUCAAAAGUCUCAGAGAGAGGGAGUAAGAAAAUAUUUGCUCAUUUCUCACAGCCCGCCCAUUCCUUCCUUUCCCCAAUAGUAGAAUCUAGCCUAGUGCGUUACAACCCAUCCAUACUUCUAAGACUCCUAUCACAAAAGAUUUGUAAGCCCUCAGAUCUUUUUAUUUAUCUAUUAUAUAAAUUUAUAUGUGUAUUAAUUGGAUUUGCUUAAAUCAAAAUUUUUGCACUAAAGAUAUAAAUCUUAGAUUUUCAGUAGCACAUCUUUGCUCAUAAGGUGAAAGAAAAUGAGGGCUGAACUAGAAAAUAAAAAAUUAUUUUAAAAUCUCUGAGUCCUUUUAACAAAGCCCUGUUAGUUGAUGGAAUAAGCCACAGCUGAAGUGGCUUUAACACUGGUGGUCUAUUUGGAAGAGCAUUCAUGUACAAAAAAGACAUGAAAUUUGAUUCUCUUUGGAAAAUCAGACACUGACUAGCCCCUGGAGCCAGUAGAGGUUAGGAAAGCAGAGGGAGGUAGACUCCUUCCCAUUGGUCAAGGCAUCUACCCAGAUGUCCAGCUCUCACAUAAAAGGAAGAAAUCACUAAAGCCAGUCCCCACUUCUAGUCAAAAGGUGCUAGCAAAAACAAUCAAAAAAGGAAGAUGGCAAAAAUAGUUUUACUUUUCCUCUCAGGUGUUGUAGCCAUAUGGACUGUGCAUGGAAUAUUUAUGGACAGACUUGCUUCCAAGAAGCUCUGUGCAGAUGACGAGUGUGUCUAUACUAUUUCUCUGGCCAGAGCUCAAGAAGAUUACAAUGCCCCGGACUGUAGAUUCAUUAACUUUAAAAAAGGGCAGCAGAUUUACGUUUAUUCAAAGCUGGUAAAAGAAAACGAAGCUGGAGAAUUUUGGGCCGGCAGUGUCUAUAGUGACGGCCAUGAAGACGAAAUGGGGAUUGUGGGAUAUUUCCCCAGUACCUUGGUCCAGGAGCAACAUGUGUACAAGGAAGCCAUCAAGGAAGUUCCCACCACGGUAAGCACCUCAGAUGUGGCCCAGGAGGACUCCGACCUUGAAGUAAUGUGAGCUAGUGUUAAAAAACGCUUCAUGUACCCUCGAAGAGAGAUCAAAGCCCCCAACUGCCGAUGGAAACUUCUGAAAUAAUGAAGUUUGGAGGAGCGUUUUUACCUACUGAAAAAUAUUAGUGGGUUUUCUCCAUACUGCCCACACGUUUGUUUUAGGUGCAAGUUAACCUGGGAAGAAUCAAAGACACAAAAAAUCUAAAAUAAUACUCUUACUGAUGGUUACACUUACUUAAUAAAGACUUGGGUUGGGGAAACAUAAUAGUACCUGUAUUUGAUAAAGAAACGCUGGCGGCAUGGUGGUUAAGUGCUAUGGCUGCUGACCAAAAGGUUGGCAGAUAGAACCCACCAGGCACUCCUUGGAAACUCUAUGGGGCAGUUCUACUCUGUUCUAUAGGGUCACUAU